AUCACCCCACCCUCCUUACAACUGUCCACAGAUCUGUCUCCUUGGAAACAGCAGAACUUGUUUAUGUGAAAGUAAUAAGGAAACUAAUCGAUGUGUAGCAGCUGCAGGCAUACGAGGGAGCCAUGUUCCACUGGAGUACAUCGGAAAAGUGAAUCUCUGCUUAUGCUGCCUGCCAAAAGGCUGUGGAUUUUGAAUCAAAGAACAGUUUCAUAGGAAGCUUUCUUCAGCCACCAGAUAAGAUGCUUCCUGCAGCCUUUGCUUAUACAGAAUCAAAGAAGUUGGCAGCUGUUGGUGGUGACAGGCCUUCUAUCCCCAAUAACCAAGCUGUGGUGGCAGCCCUGAAAACUCUUCAAGAAAAGAUCCGCCAUCUAGAGUUGGAGAGGUCACAGGCUGAAGAUCAUCUGUGCAGCCUCUCCAUAGCAGCGGCUCAGUAUAAGGCCUUGGAGAAUGAAUCCUACAAAAAGAACACAGCACAUCAAGAACUGAUGCAACAGAGGAAAGAUUUAAGUGUGCAGUUAAAUGCAGCACAAUCCCGCUGCUCCCUGCUGGAGAAACAGCUGGAUUACAUGAGAAAAAUGGUUUCCAGUGCGGAACUGGAAAAGAAAAUGGUUUUAGAACAACAGACCCAGCUUCAGAAAGGGGAAGAUCAGAACUGGUUGGAACUGCAUGCAAAACUUGAAAAGCUUGAAAUGCUAGAAAAAGAGUGUCUUAAACUUACUGCUACUCAGAGAACUGCAGAAAACAAGAUCAAACACUUAGAAGAAAAGCUUUGUAAGGAAGAGCAGCAGCGUAAGCUAAUGCAAGACAAAACUGCUCAGCUUCAAAUAGGAUUUGAGAUAAACAAAAUUUUGAUGUCUUCAGUAAUGUCUCAAAAUGAACCUAAAAAAGAAAAUGGGAAGAAGAAAAAAACUAAGAAGAGAAAUCCUACAAUGAAGAAAAUCCACUUUUCACAAUUACAUGUAAAGGCUGGUGAACUACCUUUUGUGGCUGGGAAGUCUGUCAGCUCCAGCCAUUCUGUUAGCGCAAACGUACAAAGUGUAUUGCAUAUUAUGAAGCAUCGGAAUCCACAUAUCUCAUCACGAAGACAAGGAGGAACUACACCAGGAAUUUUAGGACGCAGUGCACUUUCAAAAUCUGUAUCCUCUUGUUCCACAUCACCUACUGCCACCGGAAGUCUUUCGGACGUUCUGUUGGCCAUACAAGAUGAGCUGGGCCAAAUGAGCUUUGAGCAGCAAGGACUUCUGAAACAGAUAGAGGAGACUCAAGACUCCAAAGUUCGUGAAGACCUAGAAAAGGACCUGGAUUGCCUUGUGAAACAAAUGGAGAUUAAAGGAGAACAAAUAUCCAAGCUGAAAAAGCAUCAGGCUACUGUGCAGAAAUUAAAGAGAAAAACUCAGAAAUUGAAGCAAGGGGCAGCUCAUAUCAGACUAAAGUGUGGUGACCAAAAGGAAGCAAAGGAGAUUGCAGUCACUGUAAAGGAAAGUAUGUCUAAAUCUUGUCCUGGACAGAAAAGCAGAAGCUCUCUUCAGUUGCUAAAAAAUGUGCGGAAACUUCAGUCAACACUGAAAAAUGAUGAUAUAAUGUGGGAACAAUAGUUCUAAAGUUUACUGUGUUAGAAGUUUCUGAAGUCUGACAGCUAGUACAUUUUUAAUUUCACAAAAUACUUUUAAAAAAUAAAAUAGGUAUAGCAUAGAUAUAGACGUUCUAAACUGCCCACUCAUUAGUAGGUCAGUUUGUUCACCUCAGAAUUAACUUUUAUGUAGGGUACCUGUAAUUCAACUACAAUGACUUGUAAUAAAGUGUUUUGAUGGAUUAAUGAAAUGCUUACUUGUUAACUUGUCAAAUAAAAUUUUAUAGCUUUUUAACAUUUAAAA